GAUGGUACAGGAUUUUUUUUCUUUUUUAGGUCAGUUCAAAUUUUCUUUUUUCUUUACAUUUUGGAGUUCUUUUUCUUUUUUGUAGGAAUACUGACCCUUGGUGACUUGGACGAUUGCAGAUACUAUAUGAGGGUGUUUUGGUUUCCGGUUAAGUUAAACAUUCUCAUGUUUCUUUUUUCUUUUUAGGUUUUUUGACUCUGAAUGAACCUUAACAUAUUAUAGAUAAUUUGGGUUGCAAUAGGUGGUUUUGAUAAGGAAGGGAA